UUUCUACCAAACUGUGUUUGACACGAGUGCGUUAUGGCGAGUGGUUCGCAGACGAUAAAAUGUUCGCAUCAUCCCGAAUCUCCGUUGAUCGAAGACUAUCGUGCGGGAGAUAUGAUUUGCUCAGAAUGUGGUCUUGUUGUCGGAGAUAGGGUUGUUGAUGUUGGCUCAGAAUGGCGUACCUUUAGUAAUGAGAAGUCCACUAGUGAUCCAUCUCGUGUUGGAGCAGCCCAGAAUCCAUUGUUGGGUGGAGGAGACCUCUCCACAAUCAUUGAGAGGGUGCCACAGGGAAACAGUGAAACAGACGGCUACUCCAAAUACCACAAUCGAGGCGGGUUAACUGGUUCAGACAGAAGUCUCAUGAAUGCUUUUAGAGAGAUUGGUAUCAUGGCUGAUAGAAUAAAUCUUCCCAGGAAGAUAGUGGACCGUGCGAAUCAGCUUUUUAAACAAGUUCAUGAACAAAAGAGUUUAAAAGGUCGGAGCAAUGAUGCUAUUGCGUCUGCAUGUUUGUACAUUGCCUGCAGACAAGAGGGAGUACCAAGAACAUUUAAAGAAAUUUGCGCUAUCAGUAAAAUCUCCAAAAAAGAAAUUGGUCGGUGUUUCAAACUAAUAUUGAAGGCGCUUGAAACAAGUGUGGAUCUUAUAACGACAGCGGAUUUUAUGUCGAGGUUCUGUUCCAAUCUUGGUCUUCCGCCGGAUGUACAGAAGGCUGCUACACACAUCGCCCGUAAAGCAGUUGAUUUGGAUUUAGUACCGGGUCGAAGUCCUAUUUCAGUUGCUGCCGCUGCAAUUUACAUGGCUUCUCAAGCAUCAGACGAAAAAAGAUCGCAAAAAGAAAUCGGCGACAUAGCUGGUGUAGCAGAUGUUACAAUUCGUCAAUCCUACAGACUUAUCUUUCUACGAGCAGCAGAACUCUUUCCAAGCGACUUCAAAUUUACCACACCCGUGGAUAAGCUUCCAAAUCUUUGAUCCGUGUUCUCCGGCUCCUGCUUUUUCUCAGUUUAGAUAUUUAUAUUUAUUGGCAAGAAAUAUUCUUCGAUUACUUGUGACACUUAAAACGUGACCAUUUUUUCUGUGUUUCAGUCUAUCGUAUCGACAUUUCUUUCAAACUUGGUGAGUUCUGGGUUCACUUAAUUCUACAGGCCAUUUAAAUGCGUGGAUUCUGACAGUGUCGGGUUUGGCCUGCCCUUAACCUAUCAGUUCAGUGCAAACUAAACGCUACUGACCAAUGUAUCGUCGGUAGAGUUGGAAACAUGGCUCACGAUGUCGGGUUUACGCCGGUUUCGCUACCUGUCGAGUUCGCUACAUGUUCGCUGCCCACGGACACCAGCAAACACCAGCAAAUACAACCAAAUCGGCGAUUCCUUUAUAAAAAUCAUUUUUAAUUGUAUUAAAAUAAAUUAUAUUGGUUUAUCGUACAGUUGCAGCGAAGUUUGAUGAUGUGUAACAGCCGUUUUUACCCAGGAAAACGUGUUAAAACAAGUAUUAAACUUCAGACAACCUUAA